AUGACUACUCUAUCGACAUCCCGCGGCCACCAGGCCCUUGCUGUCAGCAUUGUGUUUACGACUAUAGCGACAUUUAUCACUGCCAUCCGUAUAUUUACGCGAGCAUUCCUCGUAAAGCAGAUGGGAGCAGACGACUAUGUCAUCCUAGUCUCUCUAGCCUUCUCGUGGAUAUUCUUCGGCCUGUUGGUAGGCGAAGUCUACCACGGUAUGGGCGAGCACUAUAUCGCUAUCCCGGCGCCAAUCUACAAGGCUCAGAUGAUCUACUUCUGGGCUUCAGUCCCUAUAUAUCAAACAAGCCUCAUCAGCACAAAGAUGUCAAUCCUUCUACAAUACAAACGAGUCUUCUCCACGCCACGUAUGCGUCUAGCAUGUUGGCUCAUGAUCGGUGUUCUAGCUCUCUACGGAACCUGGACCGUCAUCAGCGCCUGGGCUAACUGUGUUCCUCUGGCCAAAUUCUGGGAUCCAACGGUCGCCGGCUUCUGCUUGGAUAAGAAAGCCUUGUGGUUCUCAAACUCGGCUAUCCACAUUAUUACCGACAUCGUCAUUCUCGUAUACCCAAUGCCAGUUCUGAAAUCGCUACAAUUGCCCAAGAAGCAAAAGUUCGCUCUCAUGGCAGUUUUCGCCCUAGGUGGAUUCGUCUUGAUUACAAGUAUACUCCGCCUCAAAUCACUCCUCGUCAUCUCCAACUCAGACGACCCAACCUACGACAACGUCGGUGCAGCAACCUGGUCCGCCGUCGAAUGCAACGUAGCAAUCAUCUGCGCCUGUCUCCCCGGAACACGCGCCUUCCUCUCCAGACUCUUACCGCACAUUUUCUCCACCGGAAGCAACGGCUACCGCAGCAGGACGACACGACCUUCGCGAAGCGGCCGCAAUCCACAUACAGGCAACAGCAACAGCAACACGCAAGUCCUGGCCUCUGUCGUCGGAGGACGUGAUCACAACCCGGGCUACGACCACGAUUUAGAAGACCUGUCACCGUCUGGAUCCUUCAAUAGCUACACCAAGGAACCUGCGAAGGAGAUCUUUGCGGGUAUCAAGGUCACGACAAAUGUUACGCAGGAGAGGACGUCGCAUUCCAAAAUUGCUGUUAAUGACGACACGGGAAGUACGAAUGAAUUGCCGUGUAUUAAAUACCCCAAAGCAAAUUUGCAUCAAUGUGUCUGUCUGGCUCCUAGAAAGGAAAUGGCUGGGAUUACAACAAUUUCAUUAAACUAG